CCCUAAAAACUCUCUCUCUCUCUCUCUCUCUCUCUCUCUCUCUCUCUCUCUCUAAGAUUACAAUGGAAGUGUGUUCAACGGUCGCGACAAAGAAGCUCGCAAGCAUGGCGAAGCUAAUCCUCUUCACGAUUCAGAAGGUCUCCGAGACCUCACGGCACAAGCUCCUCUCGAUCUCCACCGUCGAUCUCCUGAAACGUGGCAAGAUCCUACGCAAGUCUCUGAACGACGCCGUUUCCGUCUCCCACUCCCGCCUCUCCUGCCGUCCCACGCACGACGACGUCCACGCAUCCUUCAUCUCUCCCGUCCCGAUCUUGGAGUACGAGUUCAGCUGUAGUAGCACCCCACCGAGGCGUUCCUACACCCCCGUCUACGUCAGACGUAAGCCUAUCAGCAAGCGCCACAUGUACCUCAGGUAUAACACCCUUCCCAAGGCGAGAGACGUCCGACACGUGGCGGUUGUUGAGGUGGCGAGCAACGGUACUGCGGGGAGCUGCCACGUGGACAGGGACGCGGAGGAGUUUAUUCAGAGGUUUUAUAGGCAGUUGAGGCUGCAGAAGUGGAUGAUGGCUCAAGAUAAUUGAAUAUAUAUAUAUAUAUAUAUAUAUAUAUCAGUAUUAGGAUUUGUAUCAAUUCAUAUAUAUAUAUAUAUAUAUAUAUCGUGAUUUCAUUAGAUUUGGUUAAUGCAUGUUUGUAUUUUAUGUGUUUGUGUUCUAAUGUCGUGUUUGUUGUCGGAUAUUUUUAGAGAAAUCGUCGGUCCGAACGAGCAUGUGUGUAUAUAUAGUGUAUAUGCUAUAUUAUAUAUUAUAAUAAAUCAACAUUUACAUUAUCCU